GCGCUCUGGCGCAGGCGCACAGGGGACGGUCGCUGCCCAUGGGGAGCGGGCGCGCUGGCCUAGGUGAGCGGAAGCGUCUCUGCGACGGCGCUGCCUCCCAGAGGCGGUUCCCGUAAAGCCAACGAGGCCCUGCCGGCCAGCAGGGAAGGAGGCGUGGAUAUGGAGCCGGUGGCUGCCAAGCCCCGGGCCCGCGCCGCUGCCUAGCGCGUCCCGGGGGCUCCGUGGGGCCACGCCUGCCGCCGCGGCUCGGGGACCCGUAGAGCCCCGCGCUGCGCGGAUGGCCCUGCUCCCGCGCCCCGCGCUCAUCCUCCUGCUCCUCCUCACGGCCGCUGUUGUCAGGUGCCAGGAGCAGGCCCAGACCACCGACUGGAGGGCCACCCUGAAGACCAUCCGGAACGGCGUUCACAAGAUAGACACGUACCUGAACGCCGCCUUGGACCUCCUGGGAGGCGAGGACGGUCUCUGCCAGUAUAAAUGCAGUGAUGGAUCUAAGCCUUUCCCACGUUAUGGUUAUAAACCCUCCCCACCGAAUGGAUGUGGCUCUCCACUGUUUGGUGUUCAUCUUAACAUUGGUAUCCCUUCCCUGACAAAAUGCUGCAACCAACACGAUAGGUGCUAUGAGACCUGUGGCAAAAGCAAGAAUGACUGCGACGAGGAGUUCCAGUAUUGCCUCUCCAAGAUCUGCCGAGAUGUACAGAAAACACUAGGACUAACUCAGCAUGUUCAGGUUGUCUUGGUCCGUCUGGACUGCUACCAUAGACUGGGCGACUUAUAGACAACAGAAAGUUAUUUUGUACAGUUCUGGACGCUGGGAGGUCCACAAUCAAGGCACUAGCAGAUUUGGUAUAGGAUGAGGACUCAUCUUCUAGUUCGUAGAAGAUGCCUUCCAACUGUGUCAUCACUUAAUGGAGAGGACUAGAUAGCUCUCUGGGGCCUCUUUUUUAAGAGCACUAAUCAUACUCGCCAUCCUUUUGACCUUAAACACCUCCAAAGGCCUCACCUUCUAUUUCCUCACUUUGGAGGUGAGGAUUUCAACAUGAAUUCUGGAGCGACAUAAACAUUCAGACCAUACCACCAGCGAAUUUAAGCGUUUAACACACUGGAUUUGGAGUAGGAAUUUCUGGAAGACUUAACACUCCUUUCUGUUGGCAAGGUCCCCAGAUGACCCCCAGGUUCAGUGAUUCACUAAGAGGACUCACAGGACUCAGCAUAUAUACUCCCUGCCAUGAUAUAUUAUGUUGAAGUGAUACGAAGCCAAACUAGCAAAGGGAAAGGGCCCUUUGGUGUCAUUUUUAAAAUGAGGAGAAUGAUAAUACUCACUUCAUAGAGUUGUCAUAAGAAUGAAAUGAAGUAUUUGUGGAAAUACAAGUAAAUCACCAUUCAAAUACUAGUAGUUACAAGAUUUCUCUACUGUCAAGCCAAAGAACAUACCAUACACCGCAAUCAGAAGAGGCAAGGUGGGAAAGGAAAAUAACAUUUUAAGCACUUAUCAUAAGGUACUGUGCUAGACACUUUAUUCAUGUUUUCAUUUGACACCAACAAAAACCUAAAGAGGUAGGUGGUGUUAUUACCAUUUUUCAAGGAAAGAAACAAAGGUUUAGAAUACAGUAACUUGCCCCAAGUGAGCAUUUAGCCUAUCUGACUUUAAAAUCUGUGUUCUAUUUCACAAUAUUCUCCAAAUAGUCUCACACUGUAACCCUAAUUCUAAUAUCCCAAUAAUUCAUGUCAAGGAAGAAAUCUCUGCUGCAGGUAAUCUUGAAUUCACAGCCCCUGUAUCCCUUUGCAGCUUUUGGCUAAGGUAAGCCGGCUAUGAACUUCUGAAGCAUAGAAUUUCUUGUUUCUGAUUUAAGGAGGAUGUGAAACCAAUUAUCUUGUAACCUCCUAUUUAAUAGUCAUAGCCUCUGCACUCCUGUGGUUGGUUGGUUUUUAAUGGCAGUCUUUUGGAGAACUUUGCAAAUGUUAAGAUUUUGUAAUGAAAAGUUUCUUCGUUAACAUAUAUCUUUGAAAUGAAAAGUUUUUGGAUAACUAAAAGCCACUCUGUGCUAUAGCUCUGUAAGUGUAACACAUUAAGAUAAUCUCACCUGGAUGUUUCAGGUUUCUUAAAAUAAGAAAAGUAAAUAAAUUACCUUUUUAUAGUCUUAAAAAAAAUUUAAAAACCUGACUGGGGCUGGAU